AUGUCAUCUAAACCAAUCAAUAAUAGUAAUAAUAAUAAUAAUAAUAAUAAUAAUAGUAUCCAAUCUGCAAAUCCACAUAUAAUAGAAUUUUUACAACAACAAAUCGAUUUUAUAAAGAGUAGACCAGGUGCAGAUCUUAAAAAAACAUCAAUUUAUAAAAAAGCAAUACAUUCAUUAACACUCUAUCCACUCCCAAUUUUUAAUGGAAAAGAAUGCGAAGCCCUAAGUGGUUUUGGACCAACCCUUUCAAAAAAAGUUGAUCAGUUUCUUAAAACUAAAUCCCAUCCACUAUAUCCCAAAGGACCUCCAACACCACUAAAAAUAAUUUAUAGUAGAACUUCAAAUAUAGAAAUAGAUAAUAAUGAUGAAAAUAAAUCACCAAAGAAAAGACAAAGAAAAACAAAAACCAAAGAUGAUAAAGAAAAUAUAGAUAAACCCAAACCUUCAAGAUCAAGGGCAAAAUCAACAAAAACAACAUCAACAUCAAAACCCAAUAACUUUAUUGAAAUAGUAGAUGAUGAUAUUUUGCAAUUAACCAAUGAUAUAAACCCAACUAUAAAUGAAUCUUUUAAUGAAUCUUUUAAUUUUGAUUUUGGUUCAUUCGAUUUAAACAAUGUAAAUAAUAAUAAUUUUAUUGAUAGUAGUAAUAGCACUUCUAACAAUAGCAACAAUAAUAAUAAACCCAACAAUACACCAUUAAAAUUUAAUAAACAUCAAAUAACACCAAUUAAAUCACCAUAUAAUAGCAAUAAGUUUAAUGAUAGUAUAAUAUUUUCACCAAUAUCGCCUGUUAAGUUUACCACACCAUUAAAAAAUAAAAAGAGAAAACACGAAUUAACCUCCCCAUCAACUGCGAAAUCACCAUCAAAAUAUAAUCAUAUGAUGAGUCUGGCAUUCUCACCAAAAAGAAUUUUAAGAUCAACACCAGUAAAAUCCAAGCCAGAUAAAGAAAGUGUAUCAAUCCAAAGCACCCCAAUACAAUCAAAAAACAGCUACAUUUUUUCUGAAGAUGAAAAUGAUAUAAAUACAAUAAACAUAAUAAAUAAUAAUAUAAACAAUAAUAAAAAACAAUUAAUAAAACCAAUUAGACUCUCAUUUACAGAAGAAGAUUUAUUAAAAGUUAAUAUUGGUUCAGAUAUUGAUAAUAAGUCAACAUCCAACUCAACAACUAUAACAACCACAACUACAACAACCACAACUACAACAAAUAAUAGUAGCAAAAAAAUUAUAAAUUUUAAAGAAAUUAAAUGUUUUAUUGAUAAUCGUGAAGUUAAAUCAGUUACAGAAAGAGAUUACAUUGUAAAUAAAUUAAAAAAUAAUGGUAUAAAUGCAGAAAUUAAAAAACUAGAACUAGGUGACUUUAUUUGGGUAGCAAUCGAUGAAAAAGGUGAAGAGUGGUUAUUAGACUAUAUUAUGGAAAGAAAAAGAAUUGACGAUCUUAGUAGCAGUAUAAUGGAUGGCAGAUACAAAGAACAGAAAUUUAGAUUAAAAAAAACAGGUUGUAACAAUAUUAUUUAUUUAGUUGAAGGUGUACUUUCAAAUAACAUUAUGGCAUCGCAACAAUAUAAGAAAUGGGGCUCCGUCAAUUUUGGUCUCUCUCCAGAUGCUCUUGCUAGCGCACUUGUAAGCACACAGAUCAACGAUGACAUUACAAUUAAGCAAACCAUUUCACUCGAAGAAACCAUUGAAUACAUUACAUUUACAACAGAAUAUUUUAAAGAUAAACUUUGCAAACCUUCGUUCCUAUCAACUUCAAAUCCUAGUCAUUUGGAAACAUUGAAAAAGUUUAUUUAUAAGGGUGAAAUCAUUCAAUGCUCUGUAGACACUUUUAACCAAUCAAACGUAAAAUCCAAAGGGUUAAUGCUCCUCGAGUUCUUUGCCAUUCAACUAAUGCAAAUUCCUGGUAUCUCACCUGAAAAAGCUCGUACUAUUGUAGACCAUUAUCCAACCCCCUAUUCUCUUUAUAUAGCUUUAAAAAGAUUUAAAGGUGAUGAUAAAACUGCCUCUAAUUUCUUUAAGGAUUUUGAAUUUGGGAAAAACAAUAGAAAAUUUGGUUCCGAUAUAAGUGAAAGAUUAUUUAAAAUAUACAAUAAUAAAACCUAUUCAUAA